AUGGAUUUCCUAAAGGAUCUAAACCAACCGAAGGUGUACGAGCUAAAGAAAGCAUUCUGUCUGUUCGAUCUCGAUGGUGACGGUGUGAUCAGCGAGCAGGACCUCCGGAACACCUUUCUGACGCUCGGUGUGGACAAAUCGGAGUACGACAUCGAUAAGAUGUUUGACGGGGUGGUGCAGCCGCUCAACUUGGAUGUGUUUCUGCUCCUGAUGCUGCAGCGUGCCAACGGGCUGGCUCCGCAAGACGUUAUGCUCGGUGCAUUCCGGAUGUGGGACAAGGCCGGCACGGGUUUCAUCGACAAGGAGCGGUUCAUUCACGAUAUCACAACGUACGGUGAUCGAUUCACGCCGGCCGAAGCCAAGGAAGCUCUGGAGGAUGCCGUCAUCACGCGAGGACCACAGCUCGAUCCCGACGGCCAGCUGGUUGAGCGGCUCGACUACAUGGACUUUGCGGAGAAUAUUUCCGGCUUCCAGAAGACCGACCAUAAGUGA